UGGAGGGGUUAAGUAAUUACCAGAUUUCCGUACUUUAUCUGUUAAACUAUUUUCCCUCCAUAUAUCCUUUGAUUCGUCUGCAAUUUCUUCUGUAAAUUAGGGUUUCGAUUGUAGUUAACUGACAGUCAAGUUUUAAUCCUGUGACGAAGCUGACUAGCAACCAUGGAGAUAUCUAACCAAGAAGAAGAAGAAAAAGCAGCGCCUAUUGUGUUUCUCGAUCGAGCUUCUCGUCAAACCAGAGGAAAACGUAUGACCAAGUUGCUUGAUGAGGAAAAUGAAGAGGAUGACUUGUUCUGGAAUCAGGAUGCUCUUUUAGAGGAAGAGAAUGAUAAUAAUUAUGAUGAAGAGCCGGAGAUUGCUGAUGAGUUCGAUAGUGAUUUUGACGAUAACGAGUCUGAACCAGAUGAAGAAGCACAAAAUGUUCCGGAUGAAAGGAAGCAAAAAAGGAAACGACUUGUAUAUCCUGGAAAGCCUUCGACAAAGAAGAAAAAGAAAAAGAAAGUUCUUUCCAAUCUUGGUGAGGAGUCCAAGGAUGAAAAAUUAGCAGAAGAUUCUACUGCCCCAGAACAUCAUGAUGCGGGCGAUGAUGGUGAAGGGGAGAGAAUAGUGAGGAAAUCUACUAGAACAUCAGUCAUUGUUAGGCAGGCCGAGAGAGACGCAAUAAGUGCAGCUUUGCAGGCAACAAUGAAGCAGCCAAUAAAAAGGAAAAAGGUGGGUGAAGAGAAGAGAAUGACACAAGAAGAAAUGCUUCUUGAAGCCGCUCAAACAGAAAUUAUGAAUUUGAGAAAUUUAGAGCGUGUUUUGGCAAGGGAAGAAGAAGUUAAGAAAAGAGCAAUAGUGCAUAAAGCUGUGUAUAAUGGCCCACAGAUAAGAUAUUUCUCUAAAGAUGGUUGUUCAUAUCUAGAAUUCAGAGGAAUAUCAUUUCAGUCAGAAAUUUCUGUAGCAUCUAAUCCAUAUCCAGAAAAGCCGGUGUGUGCUAUAACAGGCUUGCCUGCCAAGUAUCGUGAUCCAAAGACUGGGUUACCUUAUGCAACAAAAGAAGCUUUUAAAAUUAUUCGUGCUCGCUAUGAGGACGAAAAUAACAUAAAAAAGGAGAUGGACAUGGGAGUUUUAUCCGAUUCACUUAAUGGAAAAGGAUUUUCAGGCAGAAGGAAGCGGAUCCCAAAUUCAAACAGAAGAAAAUUGCCAAAUUUCUCGUACAUGUCUCAGUUUGGCAAGGCUCCUACAAUAGAAAUUGAUUCUUCAGAAUAGGACAUGAAAGCUUCAGCCUCUUACAGCAGCAGCACCCAGAAAAAGCAUUGUGUUCAGUGUUGAUGAAUUCAACCUUUAAAUGGUUUGAAAUGAAUUGGUGAGAUGGUGAUCAUGUUAAAAAGAUGGAUGAAGGAAACGCAAACCGGAAAGGCCGGCUGGCUAAUACUGGUUUAAAUCUUGCAGAAGGCAGUUCAUGAAAUCAUGGAGACUAGGGAUUUUUUUUUGGGGUUAGCCCAGCUUAAUCUGCGACAUUGUGUUGUAAAUAACAGAAAAAGAUUUAGUCCCAGCAGUGGGUCGUUAUUUUAAUUCUAUUAACUAUACUUGGGAAAUGAUUUAGUUCUUAUUAUGAUUUGAUAGAUAUGGAAUUUUUUCUCCUAAA